AGGAGAUAUGGCGCCGACUGCCCGGGCUGCAUGUAUGUUGUGUAACAACACAAUAAUUAAAGAAGCUUGGUCACGCUUGCUAAAAAAAUAUAAAAUACUGUACAAGAAACGAGCUUUCGUACAUCAUUAUGUUGGGGAAGGUAUGGAAGAAUCCGAAUUUCAAGACGCUGCGGAAAACGUUGCUGCCCUAAUACAAGAAUAUAUAGAAGUGGAAUCCUGACAAAACUAGAGAGAACAUAAACGAUUCUUUGAUACAAAAUGUUGAAUUCUAAAUUAUUAAUAAAGAUUAAUGUGAAUGCAUAUGACUACACUCUUGGCUAUUGAUUGAUUGCCGCGCGUGCUUACCAAUUUCAGACUUUUGAGCAGAGUAUUUUUAUGUAAGUUCCCGACGCGAUAGCGUUUUAUACUGCGACACGAGCGGACCCAACCAGGAACGUCUGGACUCUCCACAAGAAUAUUGAGGCGCUCUGGGCAGCUGUGGGGUGCGUGCGAGUAUUCUUGUUAGGCGACGUCUCAGAAGAAAGAAUAGAAAACGGCAUCCGUUCGACUUGGGUUGUCUUUCAAAUAAACGUGGGUGGUGCCAUCUUGGCGCCACAAGUCUAUUUAUUCAGCAAUACAUUACGUCACUCCUUAAUUGACAUCCUUGGGAGAUGCAUCGCGCGGAAGACUGUGUGGAUAUAGUACAAGUUGACAAAUUAAAUAGUUUGAAUGUGAAGAAAGGAAGUGGCAAUAACAUGGUCGAUGUUCGAGCAUGCAAUAAACCGGUAGAAAGGCUCUGGUUUCGUGGUGUACGAAGUUCUAAAUUUCGCCAUGUGUAUGGACUUCCUGCAAAACGUGAAGGCUGUUAUGAAAACAUUAAGAUAACUAAAAAUGCCCAUGAUGGACAUUACUGUGCAGUAAAUCCAAAGUUUGUGGCAGUGGUCACUGAAGUAGCUGGUGGUGGGACAUUCUUGGUGCUCCCACUUCAUAAUACAGGGAGGUUAGAUUUCAAUUCGAGCAGAGUAACAGGUCAUCGUGGACCUGUAUUGGAUAUUAAAUGGAAUCCUUUCAAUGAUAAUAUCAUUGCAUCAUGUUCUGAUGACUGUACAGUCAAAUUAUGGUAUAUACCUGAUGGUGGUUUGGCCACUCAUCUAACUGACUGGUUAAUAGAUUUGCAUGGACACAAGAGAAGAGUUGGUUAUAUUGAAUGGCACCCUUCUGCUGAGAAUAUAUUGAUCAGUGCAGGAUUUGAUCAUCUGAUGAUUGUUUGGGAUGUUGGACAUGGACAAGCAGUGAAUGUUAUAGACUGCCACCCUGAUGUAAUCUAUUCUCUGUCCUUCAACCGCGAUGGCUCUCUUGUUACCACAACCUGCAAAGAUAAGAAGCUCAGAGUAAUUGAACCUCGACGAGGGAUUGUCUUGUCUGAAGGAAUAUGUCAUGCAGGAACAAAAGCAUGCAAGGCAGUUUUCCUUGGAAACACCGGGCGAAUUUUGACCACCGGCUUUUCGCGUCAUUCGGAUCGCCAGUAUGCUGUGUGGAGCCAGAGCGACUUGUCAGAGCCGCUUGUCAUGGAAAGCAUCGAUUCUUCGUCUGGGGUACUUUUCCCCUAUUACGACCAUGAUACCCGGAUUGUUUAUCUUGCUGGAAAGGGUGAUGGUAAUAUAAGGUACUAUGAAGUAGUGGACCAAGCCCCUUGGCUGCACUACUUGAAUCAGUUUCUCUCUGGAUCCCCACAGAGAGGUCUAGGCUUUAUUCCCAAGAGAGGUUGUGAUGUAUCCCAAUGUGAAAUCUUCCGUUUUUACAAGUUACAUGCCACUAAAGGAAUGUGUGAACCAAUUUCAAUGAUUGUUCCUCGCAAGAGUGAUCAGUUUCAAGAUGAUUUGUACCCUGAUACAGCAGCCCCAAGCCCUGCCCUUACAGCUCAAGAAUGGAUAAGUGGAAAGAAUUGUAAUCCCAUACUUAUGUCAAUGAAGACAGGCGUAAUGGUGAGAACACAUAAGCCUAAGGUCUAUCAACCUUCUGAAAAUAUGUCUCUUCCUACUGCUCAUGUUAAUAACAGCAAAAAGUUUGCAUUCUUAUCCCAAGAAACUGUUCCAGACUACAGACCUGUGGACGUGAGUACCACCAUUGAUGUGCAGCCAGUUACAGAGAAGAGUCAAAAAACCAGCAGCAACCAAAGCACCAAAUUUCUCCAGAUUCAACAGAUUUACAAAAAUAGUAGAGUGGGCACUUUGUUGAAAAAAAAAGAACAAUAUUUCAACAGAACUUUGUUAAUAUUUGCAGCAAUAAGUAUUUCUGAAACUGAGAUUUUACAUUCCAUUCUUAAAAAGAGAGUUGAAGUGUGUUCUAUGCAGUCUGAUGUGGAAAAUACAAUUCACAGUGCUGCUGGUUUGCAGAGAGCAUACUCACGUCAAUGUGAAGAACUGAAGUUAUUGCGUAGACAACUUACCAAUCGGGAAAGGCGCAUCUUGGAAUUGGAAGAGCAGGUGACCCAGUCCUGACAGGGCACUUGACACUGGGAGUUUGCUCGCAAGCGUCGCUGCCUGUCCCGCUCCGCGCAAGAAGUAGCUACUAGUAGCAGUAGAGCCAGCACAUCGCCGGAGACGACGGACGCAGCGGUUGUUGCAGUCGCCGCCGCCGCCGACCGCAGUCCCUUGUCGCGAGCCGCCCUUGUCAGCAAGCGCGCGGCAGCGCAGGAAACAAGAGGCCUUCGUCCGCAGUAGGAGCAGCGGAGUCGCCAUGGAGCGCGAGUCUAACCCAAUGCAGGCUCUGUGCCGUUCGGGCUGCGGCUUCUAUGGCUCGCCCGCAACGGACGGCCUGUGUUCGCUGUGCUACAAGGAGGCGCUGAAGAAAAAGCAGCAACCGCCGGGUGGCAGCGCGAGUUCGGGCGGCGGUGGCGGCGGGAGUCCUGCGGGCGCGGGUCCGGCCCCAGGGUUGGCUGCCAGCCUAAUAGAUACGGCGCAGCCCACAUGCCCCGUGAUCGCGCCGCCCGCGCCCUCUCCUGCGCCUAUAGUCGACGCCGUCAAAGACAAGACUGCUGAUGCAGAAGGUGCAGUGGGUGGCAGCAGUGCCGAAAACUCUGUGAGCAGUGGUGAUGCUGAAGAGAGUUUUGAGAACAAAGACUCGGACAAAGAAGCCAAGAAGAAGAAGAACAGAUGUGCUGUAUGCCGCAAGAAGGUUGGACUUACAGGCUUUGAGUGCCGCUGUGGAGGGCUGUUCUGUGCGGUGCAUCGGUACAGUGACAAGCAUGACUGCACCUUCGACUACCGGGAAAUGGGUGCUCAAGAGAUCCGUCGCAACAAUCCAGUAGUGGUUGGGGAGAAAAUCCAGAAGAUUUGAACCAGCUGUGCCUAGUGUAGAUGUGAUUUAGGGAUCAAAUAAGAAAAAAAAAGCAAGAUAUCAAAAGACGACUCUCGAAAGUACCAUCGGCAGCUGAUUCUUUUCUUACUUGCGCAACUGAAAAUGAAAAAUUUUUUCGGAAAAUGAAAGAAAUGGACAUAAAAAUAAAGAGAAACAGGAAACGUGCCAUUUUUUUCUUUUGUGUAAGAACAUGAAGAGAAACAAACGUGCACCCCCACAGCUUGGAGGACUGCACAAGAUUUGCUGCAUUCGGCUGUGGUGUGGUGAUUUUUCUCUCUGCCGUUGUCGUGAAGUGUGGACACAGCGUGUGAACGGAUGGCAUAUCGUUAAGGCUGGAGGACUGCGAAUAGGAUCUCCGGUGAAAUUUGCCCCGUCAUAGUUGCGACUUAACACCUAUACACAUCAGGACCCAAUAGACUCGCCAUUUUUAGUGGAACGAUGAUUUAAUAUGAGAAUAUGACUUUUUCGUAUGUGAGUGCAGUCAUGUUUGUUGUUUUUGUUUGGCUGUGUAGCACUGGCAGAUGCUGAACUUAUAAACGGACAGCAAGGGCAACCUGGAAGACUGCCAGUAGUUAAAUUGCCUUGAAGGGAGUUACAAAUCUUCUGUUGUAGGGAUGAUCCUAGGGCCAAGUGUAAAAAUUAUUUUCAGUGUGUAAAAUAUGCUCAUUUCUUGUUAGAGUUUUGCUGGUCUACAUUUAUUGAGCUUCUCCUUUUUUAAAAAGUAUAUCCUGUCUUGUUGUGUUUUUGUUCUUAGGCUUUAAAGAUUAAAAAUAUUUUAAAAGUGGGGAAACUUAUUUUUCUUUCCAGAACUGUUUUGAAUCUAAUGGUAGGUAAAGUGAUAACAUGCUAGUUGACAGUUGUAUUAAUGACAUUUCUUAGUAAGUUUCUGAAAUGCGAUUGAUUUAUUUUGAAAAGUUACAUAAAAACAAGCAUGAUUUAUAUUAAACUAGGGGAUGUUGUUCUGUGUGAAAUGUUGUUUUACUCUUGUUUUCUUUUGAUGUGAGCGCAAACUGCUUGAGGACUGUACUUGAGCUCUGCUAACAGGCAGUCCAGGGUGGGUGUUGAGAACUGAAUUUGAUUUGGUACAUUUGAUUUCCCUGCUACUGCUGCUGCUAUCCAAUCAGCAUUUUAAACACAGUGCAGACCAAGGGAUUUUACCAGUUUGAGUGAUGAAGGGUCCGUUUGCUGUAUAUCACAGAGGGGAUAGUUUUAACACAUUCACAUUGGUUAGUAGGAAAAGUUUGUGUGUGUUAGAUUAUAGGCUAUGCAGGCAGCUCGUUGUUUGAUUUUCUUAUUUUUUUUUUUCUUUAUCUCCAUUUAAUUGAGAUGGGAACUAUCUAAUAGAAAAAUAUGGCUUAUGUAAUCUGCAUUAAUUGAUUGCCUUUUAUUUUCUUUAUUAUCAGUAAUCAAAAGUUUCCAAAUGUGCACCUGCAAGGACAUGGAAAUUAGAACCUCCCUGCAGCACAAUUGGCAAGGAUGUGCAAUGGUCAUUUGUUGCCGUAGUUUCUUGUAUUGGAUUAUGUAAAAAUGCUUGUAGAACCUUGCCCUUGGUGCACGGUUGUAAUGUGUGUUCAGUCUUCCUUCCCCCUUUUUUUACUUUCUCGUGAACUGUUUACACAGUACAUUUAUUUUUUGUUGACCAGGUGCCUGUGUAGUGCCUGUUGGAUUUGUGUGAUGCAUUUGCAGGCCAGUGGACUUCGUUAAGAUAGUUUUGUUGACCCUUUGUUUUUGAAAUUUGUCAGGUUCAGCUUAAUUUUGAAGUCUAGAAAGAACUUCUGUAAUUGCUUUGAUGGAAUUUGUGCCAGAAAAUACGGCAACGCAUUACUCUGUGAAAAAUAAAUUACAUGGAAGAAAAUGAUGCAAGUGAUAUUCUUGUUCUUUUGUUACAUGUUUUGUGGUUGGGUGUUACUUGUGGGGGCACAUCCCUGGAAAAGGGGGGGAGGUAUUUCCUGUGAUUGUUGUGCAUUUGAAGAGCGUGAAAGUGUGGUUGUGUGUAUUGUACCUGCGUGCUUGGUUCAGAUGUAGCAGUAUCCAUAUUGUGUAAGUGCUUGAUAUUUCCUCCUGCCCUAUCGCAAGGGCUUUAGUUGUGCAUGUUGGAAAACCUCUCCCCUUCAAUAAGAAUAUAUACUAGUUUUGUAAAUUUUUGUGGAGAUAUGAAACCAGUCCAGUAGCUGUGUAAAUUGUAUUGGAACUUCGACUUGCCCCCAGCCUCUCUCCCUGUCUCUCUUCCCUCGACUUACCUUACAUAUCCUACUCCAUAAUUCCUUAAUCCAUACCCUUUUGUCCUGUUCUAUUUCACAUUACAUGUAACUUCUUUCACAUGAAAGCAAUGGUUAAUUUUCAUUCAUCUACAUUAUUGUUCUGAAAGCAUUGUAUGUAAGGUAUUAAUAAACCUUCCAGUUUGAAAUUG